UGUUUGUUUCAUUCUUUUUAAAUUUUUUUCUUUGCACAUCAAACCGGGAUUUUAUUUUUUUGAUAAGAAAGACUAUCCCCCACCUUGCUAAAAAAAAUACAAAACAAUCAUGGAUACGAAAGUAGAAAACCCGACGAUUCAUGAUGCUGAAUCGAUUCCGUCUCAGGCUCAAAAUCAGUUUGAAGCGUAUGCACCAGCCGAUGUACCUAACCUUUGGAAAGUCUUCAAGUCACAAGUAGGCACCAAAGAAGGUUGGUGGGGUGAAUUUGAUUGGAAUACCAUGUGUAUGCCUUCCGUCUUUGUUAAGGAUAAGAAGCAUACUCCCUUUUGGGGUUUAAACAGUCGUUUGCCUUUGGGUUUAGCACUCGUUAUGGGCUUUCAGCAUUCAUUAGCCAUGGUCAGUGGUGUGGUUACACCAAUCUUGAUCAUGACGGGCUCAGGUCCUACUGCUUUGAAUUUAACAACGGCUGAUCAACAAUAUCUUUUAUCCGCAGCUUUGAUCACCUCUGCACUUUUAUCAUUGAUUCAAAUUACACGUUUUAAAAUCUGGAGAACAAGCUUUUAUGUGGGUACUGGUUUACUCAGUGUAGUCGGUCCAAAUUUCGCUAGUAUUCCUGCUGCCAGUGCCGUAAUUAAAAAUAUGUAUGCUAGUGGAUUUUGUCCUACCAACGUCUUGGAAGAUGGCACUAUUCAAAACUUGCCUUGUCCUAAUGCAUGGGGAGCCAUUUUAGGAACAUCCAUGGUAUGCUCGUUUUUUGAGAUGGGCAUGAGUUUCUUACCACCAAAGACAAUCAAACGACUUUUCCCACCUAUUGUAUCUGGCACCACAAUUUUAUUGAUUGGAUGCUCCGUGAUCAGUACAGCCUUAAAGGAUUGGGCAGGUGGAUCUGGUGGUUGUGCCUCUAUGCCUGCCUCUGGAUUUUACAGUAAAUGUCCCAACAUCGAUGCACCCAAUGCACUCUCUUGGGGUAGCCCACAAUUUUUGGGGCUUGGUUUUGUUGUAUUUGCCACUAUUGUCUUGAUUGAGAACUUAGGUUCGCCAUUCAUGAAGAGUUCUCAAAUUGUGAUUGGAUUGAUUUUAGGCUUGAUCGUGGCAGCAGCGUGCGGUUAUGUAGAUCAUAGUGCAAUCGAUACUGCCCCUGCUAUUACAUUUGUGUGGACACGUACUUUUCCUAUUCAAGUGUAUGGUCCGGCCAUCAUACCGUUCCUAAUUGUGUACCUGGAUAAUAUGUUGGAAAGUAUUGGUGAUAUUACCGCCUCAUGUGACGUAUCCGGUGUAGAAGUAGAAGGACAAGUAUUCCAGAGUCGUAUCCAAGGUGGACUACUUGCCGAUGGUAUUAAUUCAUUUUUAGCAGCCUGUAUGACCAUCAGUCCUGUAGUAACGUUUGCACAAAACAAUGGUGUGGUGGCCAUGACGCGUUGUGCUAAUCGUAUUGCAGGUUAUUGCUGUUGCUUUUUUAUCUUGAUUUAUGGAGUCUUUGGCAAGAUUUCCGCUGUAUUUUUAGCCAUCCCUUCCUCUGUCUUGGGUGGAAUGAACGCUUUUUUGUUUGCUUCAGUUACUGUAUCAGGCAUCCGUAUUCUUGCUUACCUUGAAUGGACAAGACGAGAUCGAUUCAUUGUAACAUGCUCUUUAGCGCUUGGUUUGGGUGUGACCUUGGUGCCUUCUUGGUUCACGCAUGUAUUUAAUUAUACAGGUGAUAAUGAGGCCUUACAAGGUUUUUUGAGUGCAAUUGAAACGAUUGUGGAUACAGGUUACUGUAUUGGGUCUUUAAUGGCCAUCUUUUUGAACUUGGUUGUGCCAGCUGAAUGGGGACCAGAAACCAUGAAAGAGUUGGAAGAAAAAGAACGACUUGAACUUGAACAAUUACGUGAUGGCUUUAUUCAUAACUCUGUAGUGGAUGAAAAUACCCAAGAAGAAAUGAGCACCACCCGUACUAUCCAAGCUUAGGCAAAAAUUAUUUUUGUUUAUGUACAUAGAUAUUUUUUUUUUUUAACUCUAUAUAAAUUUUUUAUUUAUGC